CACACCUGAUUCCCACAGGAUAAGAGAAGUUAAAAUGGCUUUGGUGUCUGAGUUUUUGGGUCAGCUCACAUUGGGCUUUGGAGGGGAGAAAGAGGCACGAUUUCCCACAGUAGUACCAGCUGCAAACUUUGAUCCAGAGAAGGAUGCAUCCUGGAUUGAUACAGCCAUCAAAACCAAGGGAGUGGAGGAACAUAUAAUCAUUGACAUCCUGACUAAGCGCACAUAUGCCCAGAGGAGAGAGAUCGCCUUGGAAUAUGAAAGGAAAGCCAAAAAGGACAUAAUUACUGCUCUGAAGGGGGCGCUGUCAGGCUCUCUGGAGAAUGUGAUUCUGGGCUUGAUGAGGAGCACAGUUCAGUAUGACGCAUUUGAGCUCAGAGCCUCAAUGAAAGGUCUGGGCACUGAUGAGGAGAGUCUGAUAGAGAUUGUCUGCUCUCGUACCAAUGAAGAACUACUGGAGAUCAAGAAGACAUACAGAGAGAUGUUUAAGAAAGAGCUGGAGAAGGAUGUAGCAGGAGACACUUCUGGGGACUUUGCUAAGCUCCUCCUGGCUCUGGUCCAGGCUAAGAGAGAUGAACCCAGCAACAUAGUGGACUAUGAGAAGAUUGACAGUGAUGCUAGAGCUCUCUACGAAGCAGGGGUCAAGAGAAAGGGCACUGAUGUAGCCACAUGGAUAACCAUCUUCUCAGAAAGGAGUGUUCCACACCUCCAGAAAGUGUUUGAGAGGUAUAAGAGCUACAGCCCAUAUGACAUGAAGGAGAGCAUUCAAAAGGAGGUGAAGGGAGAUCUGGAGAAAUCCUUUCUAACAUUAGUGGAGUGCUUUGAAAACAAGCAGCUUUACUUUGCCAGUAAACUCAAUGACGCUAUGAAGGGUAAAGGGGUCAAGGAAAAGGUGGUGAACCGGAUUGUUGUCUCACGCUGUGAAGUCGACCUCCUGAAAAUCCGCAAACAGUUUAAGAAACAGUUUGGUAAAUCACUCUUUGCAACAAUUGUGGAGCACACAAGGGGAGAUUACCAGAGAGCUCUUCUUAAUCUCUGUGGAGGAGAUGAUUAA